AGGUCAGACGGGGCGACCACAGUCGCCAUAUGUUCUCCUACGUUUAACGAAUCCGGAUGUAGAGCUAGUCCAUAAUAGUUGUCUGUGUUAGUGUCGUGCAACAGCGAUGUGGUUCGUGUCGGUUGUUGGGUAUAUGUAUACUUCUUAAAGUAAGCUGUUUAUUGUCCGGUGUACACUUCUGGACUAAAAACAACUUAGCUGUAAGGUAAGAAAUAUUAUAUAUUUUCAGCUACCAUGACAGAGAUGUCGCCAAUGGUAAUACUCAGUAACCAGACCCUCCCUGCCUGUGCGGACAUCAUUGAUGUUUUGGCGUUCAGUCAUUACGUCACCCUCCCUGCGGCUGUCAUAAUUCUCAUUCUAGCGCUGCUAGAGAAGCGACGAUUCCGCCCUGAAGUAUGUGGAGGCCGACCUGCAUUGAUUGUUCCUCUGCCUCUACUUGACGGCUACGACAACCGUUUCUCCUACGCCGCAGCCUUCGGGGCCGUCACCAACAUCAUCACAUCAUUGUUCGUGAACUUGGAUACACCCAAUCCCUUCAACAACGUUCCUUUGUGGGCUGCAGCCCUGGUCCUGCAGCUUCGAGUUCUUGAGAUCUGCAUCACAUGUUUUCCUCUGUUUGCCUGUAUUUCCACACCACACAGGCUGGCUGGAUCAGUACUUGGUGUCAUUUACAGUUCGGUGUUCUUAGGCGGUACGUUAGCUGAGGCCGUACAGACCUACUGCAUGAUUGACCCAACACUAACGGUAGUUCAAGCGGCAUCGGUGCUCACCUACUUCCCGGUUGUCCUGUGCUUCUUGUAUCUGAUCUCGAAGUUCCUUCUUGUCAUCAUGGAGUGCUUGAGGUCAAAGACAUACGUCAUAACAGAGCCGCUAAAACGGGUGUACGCCCACCAACAGCAGUAUGUGCGUCAAGUUCUACACAGAGACUAUGAGCCAAGCACAGAGACAACAACGUAUGAAAAGCUAAUCUACAGAUCCGUCCCUGGGUUCAAAUACCCAGUUCGAAUCAUUUCUGUGGUUUUUGUACUGCUAGUUCUUCUAUACAAAAUUGGAAUAGCUCUGAUCCUUGUAGGAGUUCAAAUUACCGAAGGACUUGAAUCAUUUUCUGGCCAAUUGAAUGUUUCAUAUAUCUUUCGUGACACCAGGUUUUAUUUCGCGACGCCAGUGUUGUUUGAUCUACUUACAGGUGUGUUUUACGUCACAGCGACGGUAUGUGUGAUUGUCACUGCAUUCUACAUCUACCUGUUUAUGAAGAGUUACAGACGGCAUUUGCUGCGCAUGUUUCGGGGAAACAAGAGCUUCAUUCUCGAUCAACUGCCAGAACCACACCGAAUGAUGGCUAGUAGCAUGCGCUUUCCUGGAUAUCAAGUUGCCUACAUGUUAUGGGGUUUUCUAAUGCUGUUUAUUGCAAUGUUCUCCGUGGUGUCGAUAUUCGCCUAUGUGAUAUAUCUGAUUAGUAUCAAUCACCUCAUGUCAUCUGUACUUUUGUCGCUGUUACAAACAUUGAGUGUUCCAGCCUUCGCCAUACUGCUGUUCUAUAUAGAAGUCGGCCUAGCUAAGUACGUGAUCAUGCAAGACAAGAUCAAGGACACAGAUGACGCGGCUCCUCUUAAUGUUGACAACAGGCGGUUUUAUGAAUGCUUUAAUUACUACGCCUUUUUCGGAAAUCUGGCCAUUGGACUAUUUACGUGUUUCUGGAGAAUUCUACAAGGACUCAUUCUUGGUGUUUUAAUGGUUGGUCGGCUAGAUCACAGCAUAUAUGCAAGGGGCUGGGAACACAGUGACAAAGGUUAUCUGUCGUAUAUUUGCAUGCUGCACGUGGAGAACGCCCAUAACCACCCCAUGUUGAGAGUCUUCUGUGACCUGUUACUGACAGAUCUAGAUAAGGAUGGACAGCACCAAACAUUCCGGAGACCUGUGAGAAGAAAUACCAGAGCUUCAAGAAGAUGGUACGUGGCUUACACGCUAAUCAACAACCCAGAACUUGCUCAAAGACGGAAACGAGUUCUCAAUGAAACCAACAGGAAACGUCGAAUCAUAAGGAUAACACAGGCAGAAAUGGAAGGUGCUGCUGACUGGCCCAUUGACGACGGAAUCAGUUCCUCUAUUGAAUUUGUAUCAAGCGGAAAGAACGUUGCGACAAAUCACAUAUCCUCUCAAAACCGUUCGGUCGUGUGACUGGACAAUACAUGUGACUAAAGCUUGUGUAGGGGCAAUGCUGGUGACUACAGAUUGCAUUGCUUGUGGUGUUACAGGAUGUGCGAUCAUAAAAUUCAUACCACAUCAUAGACUAACGCUGAGUCUCUGAAUAUAUAUAAAGUUGAUUCUAACAAAUAAACCCAUUUGAAAUUUAAAAAGGAGCCCCAAGGAGUCAAGACAUUCAGACCUGAACCUGGGGAAAUCUAGACUUGCUUCAAUUAGGGCUUUAACAUUGCAGGGAGGGCUUGGCAGUAGGGAAAAUAAUAUGGUUCAGGGAUUCUGAGACUACACGACAUCACUGCUUUAACACCUGGCUGACGCUUAUACCAACUGAGUUACACAUGGCAAUAUAAUACAUUAAAAAUUUAAAUGUUAUUACAGUUAACUUUUUUGAUUGGGGAAUAACCGUCAUAAUACAAACCAAAUUGUCAUUAUUACAGUCAAACAUCGCUGUGCCGAACUUACAGUUGUCUAAAAGUAAAGGCUUGGCUCUUGUGUAUUAAAAUUGUCUAAUUGUAUGUUUAUAAGUGUGUAUCCUCAAAGUGAUAAUAUUAUUGUUCCGGUCAUAAAACCAGUGUGCACUACAACCAAAAGAGUCAUAUGACCAUCACAUCACAUCGGAUACCCAUAUAUACCCGGAUACAGAGGCAUAAAAUGAACAAAGUUACUUGCCUUAGGUGAGACGAAACAUUGUCAAGCUGCCAAACAUGGUCACCCAUCCAAAGACUCUCCACGACCAACUUCAACUGAUUCAUUACCUCUGCUCUGUGCACCACACAUUCCUUAUUUAAUCAUCCUUUUGCAGUUGUUUUGAACCUCGGGUAAAUCUAAAUAUUAUUGUAGGCCCCUUCAACUUCGACACAACGGUUGUUGACGGUGUACUAUUCACUCAUCCCCACCGACAGCCAAUAACAACAUGUUCACAGGGUAUCAUAUCUUACAUGCAUAUCAACAGAUGCUGACUAACAAUGUGGUUGUUCGCCGUCAAUGUAAGGACAUAUUGAGAUUGAUAACCAAAUUCGGUAUUCGGUAGGUUUAGUGUCCUUAGUCCUUUAGUGACCUGUUGGCACAGCAGGUAACAAUAAAUCUUCCAGCAUUUUAUAGCUGUCAGCUAAUUAUGAUAAAUAGAAUCUCACCCUCGUGUCUUCUGAUAUCAAAUAUAUCAACUCUCGUUGAUAAAAGUAAACAUAUCUUCGGGAAGCCUUGGAUAUUUGUAACUUUAUCAACUCGUGAUGAUAUAUUUGAUAUGAAAAGACACUCAGUAAUACUGCAGGUAAUACGUUUCUCUGCGCAUGACUUGUUACAUGCAUAGACAUUAAGUACUCAUAAAUCAGUUACGUAGAAGUAAUAAUAUAAUUAAGAUGUAUCAAUAAAGGUAAGGCAACUUUGAAACAGAAUCAUUAAUCAUUUAACAUCCUGGGGUCAGGUUUUGUUGAAUAUAUCUGAUACUUGUUUUGAAAUUGUUAAACAAGUAUUUAUGUUACGUUUUAGAACCUGUGACAUUAUUAAUUUUUAUGGUGAAAUCAAAACUUUGAUGUUCCAGCCAAACCUAUAAGCCAGGCUGCACUCGGUGCAGGUACUGAAAAAACGAACCUAACAUAUUCAAAGUACCCUAUUGCUUGAUAUUGUGGAGUGAGUAAGCGAGAAUGCUUGUCAAUUUUCAUGCCAUUUGUAUAAUUUUGGGUACAUGUAUAUCACAUGGAUAUGAAAUACUCCUUCUGUCUUGUAUUCCCCUGGAUUAGGUUGGAUGUUUCAAAGAAUAGGCAACGAGAAUGAGUUUCUUAGAUUAUUUCAACAAGACUGAGAUUCUCUUGAAAACAGUUCAAGGUAUCACAUGUACAGAUCUUUGAAUUCUUUGAUUUUACCAAAAAUUACAUUUGAAUGUAAAACUUGACAUGGUGCAUUUUCAUGAUUCGAUCUUGGACUGUCAAAGAUAAUUAUCAAUAUUUGACAACAACAAUCUGUACAUAUCAAGCAUGUUUAAUAUAAUAAUAUACAUGAAGAAGACGAAUUUCAUGUAAUUGCAGUGUUUAAACUGACUAUAAGAAAAACAUGUUUUCCACAAAAUGCCUAUUUUUUUCCUUAUUUAUGUCUUUGUCCCUCGUCGACGUGAAUUGAUUAUGAAAUAUAAAAAAAUAUAAAAUCCUAUUAACUC